UAUCAAUUCUAAGGACACGUUUGGCAUUUUAAGUGAAACGCAGGCUCACAAAUCACAAAUCACAAAUCACAAACCACGAACCGUCUUUUUCUCCCUUAUAAUUCCCCACCCAAAAUAAAUUUUUUUCAUUUAAAAUAAUCAUUUCACUGUUACAAAACACGACUAUCUUAGCCAUUGAUAUAUUCCUCUCAAAGCUUGUUGAACUCUAGGAAAUACCAAACAUGGGAGCAGCAAGCAUUACAGACGCCAUUGAAUCGCAGAUCAAUGGAACUUCAGAUAUCCUUUUUUCUUCUCUUUCAGUGGAUACUUCUCUCUCUAAUCCGGCCAUGAAACAUCGUAUCAUAGAGUUAUGUAAGGAUAUAUUUGAGAAUUGGUCAAAUUUGGAUGAUUCUUGUUUUUCAGUAAAGACUAUUUCCGGAGGCAUCACUAAUAUGUUGUUGAAGGUUUCGGUUAAAGAGGAAAAUGGCAGUGAUGUGGCAAUUACUGUUAGAUUGUACGGACCGAACACCGAGUAUGUUAUUGAUCGGAAGAGAGAGCUGUUGGCUAUCAAAUACCUCUCAGCUGCAGGAUUUGGCGCUAAAUUGCUUGCACUUUUUGGGAAUGGCAUGGUUCAAUCUUUCAUCAAUGCGCGGACCCUUACCCCGUCUGACAUGAGGGAACCAAAGUUAGCUGCUACAAUUGCUAAAGAGCUUAGGAGAUUUCACGAGGUGGAUAUACCUGAUUUAAAAGAACCUCAAUUAUGGACCGACCUAAAGAAGUUUUUUGAGAAAGCAUCAAAUCUGAACUUUGAGGACAAAGACAAGCAGGAAAAAUACCAAAUCAUUUCAUUUGAAGAAAUACAAAGUGAAGUUAGUGAACUUAAGGCACUGACAAUCCAUCUUGAUGCUCCCGUGGUUUUUUCUCACAAUGACUUGCUUUCUGGGAACUUAAUGUUGAAUGAAGAGGAAGGGAAGCUUUACAUAAUAGAUUUUGAGUAUGGUUCAUAUAAUUACAGAGGUUUUGAUAUUGGUAAUCAUUUCAAUGAAUAUGCUGGCUAUGAUUGCGAUUACAGCUUGUACCCUAGCAAGGAUGAACAGUACCACUUUUUCAGGCACUACCUACGUCCGGAUGCACCGGAAGAGGUAUCCGAAUCUGAUCUAGAAGCUCUCUAUAUUGAGACAAAUACGUUCAUGUUAGCUUCUCAUCUGUAUUGGGCUUUAUGGGCUCUAAUUCAGGCAAAGAUGUCUCCAAUUGAUUUCGAUUAUCUGAGCUAUUUCUUCUUGCGGUACGAUGAGUACAAAAGGCUUAAAGAUGAUGCGGUCUCUUUAGCACAUGCAUACUUUAGCAAAUCUCAGGCCUAGAAUCUUUUCGAAUGUUGUAUUUCUUAUAUUCAGAGCUUUUAUGGUAGGCUUUAUUAACACUUGGGCGAGAAGUAUCUGCUUGUGCAUUACUCUAUAUUAAUGUAGAGCAGCAGCAGCAGCAGCAGCAACAUCAUGACGCCUUGAGUCCCCAGCUCUAUUCUUUUUGCUAUUUUUUUUUUUACCAUGAUUGUACAUUUCAUCACAUUAAAAAUGUUCUGUCGUCUACAGACAUAGAAGAAGUUUGUGGGUUGUACGCUUUGGUUUUGUAUGUUGUAAGAGCAAUGAUGUUUGGAAGAUGAACAAUACUUGUAUGUUGCAGAAGUAUCUGCUUGUGCAUCACUCUAUUAAUACUUGAUAAUAAAUGAAUAAUGCGAGUGUUCUCAAUUUCGUUAUUAA